GACCGUGGACAUCCGCUCUUAUUUUCCGCCAUCUUCCACUUCGGUUGUGCGCCCAUUGUUCAUACAAGCUGAUCACGGCUGGUUUGCACAGUCAGCGACUGAGGUGAUUUGUGCCCUUUUUUAUAAAUACUCCUGUAAGUCUGCAUGAACUGUAUCAAAAAGUGACAUAUUUGGAAAGUGCUUGUGUAUCCCUCAAAAUACCAUACACUGAUUACUCUCGCAGGGCGCGACCUACGAAAACAUGAUGAUGAUGAUGGACGACGAACAGCCCAAAACCCUGUAUGUAGGGAACCUGUCUAGGGAUGUCACUGAGCCCCUCAUCCUACAGGUUUUCACACAGAUCGGCCCCUGCAAGAGCUGUAAAAUGAUUUUUGAUACUGCAGGCAAUGAUCCAUACUGCUUUGUGGAGUUCUAUGAACACAGGCAUGCUGCUGCUUCGCUGUCUGCCAUGAAUGGACGUAAAAUUAUGGGUAAGGAGGUUAAAGUCAACUGGGCCACAACGCCAAGCAGUCAGAAAAAAGACACAAGCAAUCAUUUCCAUGUCUUUGUUGGAGACCUCAGCCCCGAAAUCACAACAGAUGAUGUCAAAGCUGCCUUUGGCCCGUUUGGGAGGAUAUCGGAUGCUCGCGUGGUCAAAGAUAUUGCCACAGGGAAAUCUAAAGGCUAUGGUUUUGUCUCUUUCUUCAACAAGUGGGAUGCAGAGAAUGCCAUUCAACAGAUGGGUGGCCAAUGGCUAGGCGGCAGACAGAUCAGGACCAACUGGGCCACUAGAAAACCCCCAGCCCCUAAAACCACCUAUGAAACCAACACCAAGCACCUGGCCUUUGAUGAGGUAGUGAACCAGUCAAGCCCCAGUAACUGCACUGUGUACUGUGGGGGAGUCAGCACCGGUCUAACAGAACAAUUGAUGAGACAGACCUUCACCCCCUUUGGACAAAUCAUGGAAAUCCGUGUGUUCCCAGACAAAGGAUAUUCCUUUGUGAGGUUUAACUCUCACGAGGGAGCAGCCCAUGCCAUUGUGUCUGUGAAUGGUACUUCGAUAGAGGGACAUAUGGUGAAGUGUUACUGGGGUAAAGAGACCCCGGACAUGAUUAGCUCUAUGCAGCAGGUUCAGCAAGUUCCCCAGCAGAACAAAGUGGGCUUUGCAGCCCAACCCUAUGGCCAGUAUGCACAGUGGUAUGGCAAUGCCCAGCAGAUUGGCCAGUAUGUCCCCAACGGGUGGCAGGUACCCACCUAUGGCGUUUACGGCCAGGCCCAGGCCUGGAACCAGCAGGGUUUUCAGUAAGUACACAAGGACAUCUGCAGGGCUCCCCUCCCCUCCAGCAACAAGGGCUGCAGCUGAAUGUCUGAGUGUCCUCGGCUGGGCUUCCCAAGGACAGCUAGGCUCCAGCCCAGUCGCCUGCAGCUCUGGCCAGGGGAAGGAUGGAGCCAAAGAUGUCCUCCAACCUUCACCCUCGCCACCAUAUCCAGCUUAUGAGGACAAAGACAAAAAGACGCAUUUAAAAAAAGAUAUAAUCAAAGAUUUCAUUUGUGAUUUAUUGGUCAAGAUAACAGCAAUUUCAUCCUUUUUUCCCCCCAUCUGAGUUUGAUCCUUUUUUUUUAUAUAUAAAAAGAGCAUUAAUUAAUGUCCUUUUUGGCCUUUCAAAAUGGCCACUAUUCUGGGUCUAAUUGGACUUGUCGCCAGAUGAGUGUCCGCUCAAUGAACUACAUCGUCCUAGACAGUGAGGAAACUGGGAUUGUUGAAUACACAGAAGGGGACCUGCUGCCCUGCCCUCUGAAGCUUUUCCCAGUGCCGAGGGAUACAUCUUAGUGUGCACGUGUCACAUCCACAUUAUUCCUUUUUUUUAAGUGCCAUGUCAUCUUUUGUUACUUCAUGCACACUUUUUUGUUUUUACUCUAUGAACUUUAAUUUGCCCUUAAUUUGUUGAAUAUGAUUUUCUUUUCUUUUUUUCUGAGGAGUUAAAAGAUAUUGCUCCUUGAAAUGGGAUGUUGUAUGAAUUUGUGUUGGUAGAUUAUAGCUACAUUUGAAAUAUGACUGGGCAUUUGCUUGUCUUGAAUUGGGUUUGACAACAACCCUGUUAACAGCUCUUAUAACGGGAGAAACAUUGAUAAUGAGUUUACCACAGCAGUUUUUUUUUGUUCUUGUUUUUCUCUAAUCUAGAGAACCAAAGAAUGGCGUGACUUGGAAUAAUUUGCUGAAAUUUUAAAUCUUGCUGUUUUGGAAAUAGAAAUUGCAGAGUAACUUAACUAGAUUGUAUGUAAACAUCCCACAAAUUGUGAGGCAGAGUCCAUGCAAAUAUUCUAAUGAGGUCAUAGUAGACUACAUAGAAAAAUAGUUAAGUAAUAAUGCCUGGGAAUUAUAGUUGACAACUCCUGACAAGGGCUGUUCUGAGACUGAUUUAAAACAAUCUGUCUGAGCUACAGGUUCUCCUCCAACUCUUACUACAUUGAGCUCAUCAGUCACUGUUGCCAAUACCCGAUGUACUGACCGUUCAAAUGUUAACUUUUCCCUUCAGGUAUUUGUUACAUAAUGGAUGUUGCUAAAGAUUUGAUCAGGAAAAACCUAAGUCAUGAAUGAGGUUUUGGCAUGAAACAGUCACAUUUUUGUUAUUCAUUUGCAGUGUUACAGGAUUCAGGGAUGAAGUUUGAAAUUCAACUUCAAAGCCAAAUUGAAACGCAGCUAGUCCCGCUUCAGCCGCUCUCUGCAACAUUGACCCAUUCCAGCAACUUCUGGUUGGAUACGAGGAGUCAAGACACACGCAAACAUAUUUUAUGUAAAGCUACACCAGUUGAUCAUGACUAAUUUAAUACACUGAGCCUAUGCUCUGUCUGCAUGCCCACACUCACAAAUACCAUCCAUCGCCCGGUUUCCCUUUUCAAUAUCAAAUCCCUUUCUCUCCCUACCAUAUUCUCGGCUGUCUUAGUUUUGUGCUGAUCCUCUGACAUACCCUGACCUUCGUGUUCUCGCACAUCCUCUCCUCAGCUGGUGCUUGCUCAGUUUAUUUGUUGUGUGUGCUUUCUGCUUGAUUCCCAAAUGGCUCCCCCCCUUUCUAUCAGGGCCCUGGACAAAAGUAGAGCACUAUAAAGGGAAUAGGGUGCUGUUUGGGAUUAAGCCUGUCUUGCCGCUGUUGCCUCUUUAACCUGCUGUUUUUUUUUCUCUCCCUCAUUUGCAGUCACUUAUUUGCCAGUGCUGGGUGGACAGGCGUGAGUGCCCUCAGUAAUGGUGGGGUUAUGGAAGUUACACAGGGAUUGAAUGGGAGUAUGCUAGCAAACCAGGCCAGUAUGGGAGCCACAGGAUACCCCACACACUGAUGAUGAUGAUGGGUGGGUGUAGUCAACUUUUUACUGGUUACUAGAGCACCCCAGAGAUCUGUGUUAUAUCUGUCUCUUGUGGCAGACUAAGACUUGUUGGUACAUGGAAUUUGAAGGGGAAGUUGACCUCUGCUAAAGCUCAUGAAACACAUUUCCCUGUGGCAAUAUCUUUGACCACGUGAGCAUCCCUGAGGAGAAACACACCAUUCACUCAAUAAGAAGGAGUAAUGUGACCAUGUAAACAAACUACUGACUGCUAUCACACCAAUUACUCUUGAAACUGAUUUCAUAGGGGGUUGUUGCCCCGGUAUUAUGUUGCCCUUGUUAGAUGGACUGUACAUGGCCAGUGCGGUACCAUUUUAAAUUAAUAUCACUCAAGAAGAGACUUUAGGAUUUGUGCCAUUGUUGGUAUGUUUACAGUGUCUCAAACCCAUUUUCAUAAGGACUUGAACAGUCAAAAUAAAUUGCUUUUGAUUUAAGAUUAAUAAUCCAUUUAGAGUUUGAUGCAAUGAAUCAUGUAAAAAGUAAUGGAUCAUUACCCAUUUUAUUACUUCAAACUAAAAAAAGUGAACUUUUUUUUCUUUCUUGCAUUUUGUUUUCAAUUCAACCAAUUGCAGGGAUAGAUGCCACUGCUUUCUUUCUGUAAGGGCAGACAAUUAUUGCGCAGUAUUCUCUUGUUUUUGCAUUCCACCUUUCCCCUUUAUUUCUUUUGGAUGGCCUCAACAUUUGCUUAAUGUGUAAAUAACCAUACCUUGAUUUCAAGCUGUAUAAAGGAAAAUCCAAAUGUUCACUAAGGGAGCUUGUUUGCUUUCUUUGUUUUGAUAACUGAAGAAAUUAAACAUUAUUAGUAGCAGCAUUAUCAAAUGCAUAUCCAUGGUAACUGGCAUAGUGAUACAUGUACAUCCAGGAAGGGAAAAGACAGCAUUGCUAUGCAGUGCAAAAAUGAACACAAUUUUUACUUUGAAUAGUAAUUCUGUGCAUAAAUUGAGUUUUCUGCCAUUUUCUAUGAAGUAAGAUCAGUAUUUUUUUAUGGAAAAACCUGAAUGAAUCUGAAAUGUGCGCUGUUGCCCCUUGAACAUGUUUUAAUACCAGAGGGACCAGACCCGUUGUGUUGCCUUAUAGAGUUGAUUGCUUUUAACGGACACAAUAUCAUUAAAGAUUAGGCAGUGCCUACAGACAUUUUCAAAACUUUCGUUUUGAAAAGUGUUUUACUCUGGGGUUUGAUAAUGUUUCUGCUACUGUAAUAACCAAUGUGUUCUUGCUUUGUCCAAUUAAAUCGCUGAUGUGCAAAAACAA